AUGAUGGAUCGUCGUAAGGCGACCGCCACUGCAUCCCAACUAGGUGAGGCCACUCAUCCGACUAGGAAGCAUUCGAUAGAGGGAAACACCUCAAAUGAUGACAAUUCGAAACCCCAUGUAGCCAAAAGAGGUAAACGGGACUCUACCGAGAAGGGGCAAGGAUCCAUCAUACGGAUGUUCCCUCCACCACACUAUUGUUACCAGAACAUGCCAUCUCUCAAACAUUUCACGUCUUUACCUCCUCCCUGUCCAGUGAUAGACGACUUGACGGCACCCACCGCAAUCAUUGGGGUCACUACCAAUGAGCUAUGGCUCAAACGAGAUGACAUGUUCUAUAACAUGAACCAUGAAAGCCUGCUGCUUCGUACCGACACAAGAGCCCUAUACAGAUUAAUGAAUUUGCAAGGCAGGACGACGAAACCUGAAAACUGCUUGUUCUUACCUCAGUAUGCCAGUCAUCUUCAACGACUGGACCUCGCCUUUACCAUGAGUAACGACUUUGCCACGCAACUCGCCCAGAAGCUCAAUCAGGUGCAGGCGGACAUGAACAGCUGGCGAGCUGAGCGACGCGGAUGGGAAGCGGCUAUCCUUGCAGGAAACGGCAUGCAGCCAUCCAUUCUCCAAGGGCUUCUCCAAGCAGAGGAAGAAAAGGAGACGCGGGCUUACUUUCCAGAAGACUUUGCUGGCUACCAUCCUGAACACACCGAAGAACACCCCAUUUUCCUGCACCCCUUCCACCAUAAGAACGAAAAAGGCUCCCUUUGGACGCAGCUGCGCGCCAAGCUAGUUGGGACCGAGGCUUUGUCACUCAAAAUCGAGUCCGCCAUCCGUGCGGAAAGAGAACGGAUCCAGCUAUCCAUUAAAAUGGUUGAGGAUGAUGUAGUCCAGUUCAAGCGUGAAGAACAAGGACCUUUUCUGCAGACAACUCCCGAGCCCCCGGCUAUCCAGGCUCAUGUGGCCGAAGAUGAAGAUUUCUUCGGCGCGUUCGAUCCCCCCUCGCCACCUGUAAUUGAACGAGACUGGAACCUAGACGAGGAGAAUCCCAUUCUCCACCGAGAAAGCUUCCUAAAAUGGGUGAUGGGUCGCUAUAUGAUGUGGAAACCCAAGGAAGUCAAGAUUACAACUGCCGAGAUUUGUCGAACAAUCUUUAAUCUACCCAGUAUGCCCAUUCCUUCCCCAUGGCCGUCCUCGAUCAUGGAACUAACGUUACCCUUGUCACCAUGUUUGAGGAACCAUACGCCUUGGCAAUUUCCUGCAUUUGUUCUUCUAGCCUUUCUAAAGGAAAGAUCUAAAGUGAAUAAUUCGGUAACAAUCAAUACAUUGUUCACGAAGGAGGCAUUAAGGGCCCUUCGGGAGAUGGAAACCGCCUGGCAGAACCUAGACGUCAGUAUUCGCUGGGAGCUUCAACAAAACAACAACACAGCAAUGGACUGGGUGCCUGAUAAGGCUGUCGCACUCCUCAGAACCCUCUUUCUCAGUGACAUUCCCGCGUCCGACUUCAUGGGCGGCAGCACGCCCGAUGCGUAG